AUGCCUGUUCCAGAUGAUAUCUACAAGAAUGACGUGGACUUCACGACAUUGGCUCUACAAUACCCUGACUUCGCGAAGAAGUUAAAACCAAAUCGUCAACUGGACUUCUCGGACCCAGAGAGCGUCAGACAACUUACCAUGUCCCUCCUACACCGAGACUUCGAUCUUACAGUCGACUUGCCUGAAGACAGGCUGUGUCCACCAGUUCCGAAUCGCUUCAACUACAUACUCUUCAUCCAGCGACUUCUCGACAGCACAUCGCCAGAUUUCCAUGACGGAUUCGAUCCAGGUCGCCAGGUCAUUGGACUUGACAUCGGCACUGGCAGCUCAGCAAUCUAUCCUUUACUCGCAUGUCGGCAACGAGAGCGCUGGCUCUUCCUCGCCACUGAAAUUGAUGAGAAGAACCGGACCUCCGCACUGAAGAACAUUGCUGCGAAUAAUCUGCAGUCGCGGAUUAAAUUGAUCGACACCGACCCGAAGGGCAAAAAGCUGAUUCCUUCAGCGGAGUUAGAGAGGUUUAACCAUAUCGACAUCCUCAUGACAAACCCACCAUUCUACACCUCCCAAGCCUCCAUGUCCGAGUCCAGCAGCUCGAAAUCCCGCCCUCCGAAUUCAAGCUGUACAGGCGCCCCAAUCGAGAUGAUCACGCCUGGAGGUGAGGUCGCAUUCGUAUCUCGCUUGGUUCUGGAAUCUGUGCAUCCGUUCCUCAAGACUCGCAUUCAGUGGUUCAGCGCCAUGCUGGGCAAAUUGUCCAGCGUAGCCAUGAUCGUUGAGCGCCUGAGAGAGAAAGGAUGCGAGAAUCACGCAGUGGCGGAAUUUGUACAGGGUCAGAAGACGCGCAGAUGGUGUGUGGCGUGGAGCUGGAUGGGAUUGAGGCCCAAGAAUGCCGUUGCAAGGCAAGUGGGGACGGGGAGUGGGGUGGAGAAACGACUCCUACCCCCUUUGACCGAGGCGACGUUCGAUAUUGAUGGUCAGGUCGAAGACAUCGUACCGAUAAUGGAUACGGAAAUGGCCAAAUUGGACUUGAUGUGGAAGUAUACACCUUCGACAAGGUCGGGGAUGCUCUUAAGUCGCGAAGGGGAUGUCUGGAGCAGAAAAGCGAGGCGGAAGAAAGUAUUUCAGCAGCACGAACACCAAAACCAGUGCCCAGAUCAAAAAACCGGCAAGAAGGAAGGGGAUGAAGGUGAAGAUGAAGAGAUGAAAGAUUCAACACCGCCUCCACAACCACGGCGAUCGAACAAACAAUGCGACGCAGUGAGAGAUGGCUCAGACCCUAGCUCUGAAUCUGAUGACGGAUCUGAACCAGCUUUCGUCGCGCGAAUCUCAAUGUCUCCGUCCCCGACAAUGGCAGCGACGAGUAAGAGGAUGGGAACGGGAACGAGACUGCACAUCCGGCACCUCCAAGGCUACGACACCGUGCUCUUUGAAAGUUUUACAGGGUGGUUGAAGAGGAAGAUUUCAGGGCGUCGGUAA